AUGAUAAAAUCUGAAUAAUAAUAAAAGGUUUUAAAAGUAGUUUAAAAUCUUUGUAAUAUUGAUGGUUAACCUAUUACAAAAUAAUAAUAAACUCCAAAGAUAAAUUAUUUUAAUUAAGAUUCUGAAUAUAAAGAAAACUUAUAUAAAGAUAAUUUUGAUUUAUUUAGAAAAUCUUAAUCAUCUGAAUUUUUAGAAAAGAAAUAUUGUGAUAUGGAUUAGAAUUUAAUGGUAGAAGAUGAUGUGAUGAUUACUUAAAAAUAAAGAAAUAUUGAAGAUUAUAAUCCAUUUUCAAAAAGAGAAUAAAUAUCAUUAACUCUAGAUUCAAAAUCAAAAGAUAAUUAAUAAUUAUUAUAAAUGGAAUUUGAAAAUUCAAAAUAAUAUUAAAGAUAGAAUAGUUUCUAAUUGGUAUCUAAAAAUCAUAUUGAUGAUAUGGAUAUUUCUAAUAAGAAUUCUAAGGAUUCAAUUGAUUCUAGUUCUGAUCAUAAAAGUAAUAAUUAAAUUGCUAUUCAUUAAAAUGAUGGUGGUAGUUCAAUUGGUAGUUCUUAAUAAUAAUCAGAUUAUCUUAGUAAAAGAAGAAUGAUUAAAGAUGUUUUAUAUUCAGAUCAUCAAUUCUAAAAUAAUACAACCAAAUAAGGUAUAUUAAUCUUAGGAUUACUUUUAUUAAUAAUUGUAUAUGUUCUCAAUCUUGUAUUUAUAAUUAUUACUUAAGAUGUAUUUUAUUCUAUAUAAAUUAGAAAUUAAUUUUGAUUGAAACAAAUAAACAUGUUUCCAAAAAUAUUGAAUGUUCAUUUAAUCUUUUCAUUUUAUCAAAUUAAUAUAAAUAAAUAUUGAAUUAAAAUGAAAUAGAUGUAUCAUGGUAUAAUUAGAUAUAAAAUAUCUCAAUUAAUAAUUACUAAUAAUAUUUAUAAGUCAUAUUGAAUGAAUAAAAUAGUAUAGUAGAGUAAUCAAGCUUCAAUUAAUAAUGUAUAUAUUUUAUAUAUUUAAGAAAAUAUAAUAUUUAAACAAAAUAAAUAGACACUAUUAUUGGAUUAAUUAUUCAUAUAUAAAUUGAUAGGUUAAUAAAUGGUUGAUUAUAUUAAAAAUGAUGAAAUUAAUAAUAUUAAUAAUAAUAAUAAUAAUGUAGAAUUUAUAAUUGAUAAUUAUUUGAUAAUUAUAAAUGAAAUGUUAUCAAAAUUUAAUUCAUCAAUUACUAAUAACAUUAAUGAAUAAAUUGACUUUAUUUAUACCUAGCAUUAAUUAACUAUAAUAUUAUCAGAAGUAACAUUAAGUUUAUUAGUAAUUAUAUUAUUACCUGUAUUUUUGGUAAUCAAUAAAUAAAAGAAUACUAUUUUAUAAUUCUUUACUACAUUCCCAUAAUCAGAAUUAUAAUAAUAAUUUGAUGUUUAUUAAAUAUUAUUGGAUAAAUUAGAAGAAACUAAAUUUGCAUAAUAAGAAACAAAUCAAUAUGAUAUUGAAAGUGUUCACAUUAAAAAGUUUGCCAAAACUAUUAGAGGACUUAAAGAUUCUAAUCAUAAAAAAUAAUAACAUGGAAAAUUGAAAACCAUUAUUGGAUCUAGUAAACUUAUUUAUAUACUAUAUAGAUGCCACUCCUUUAAUAAUAUUUAGUAUCUUUUUAGUAUUACUAUUAUUUGCAAUAGUAUCAGCUUACUUUAUAACUUCUUAUAUGAUUAAAUUUUAAUUUUUAAAUGAAUUUCAAAGUUACUUUCAAUAAAAUACAAUUUAUAGUACUUUAUAAAAUGAAAUUUUAAAAGAAAAUUCCAUCUAAAAUAUUAUUAUAAAUCAUUUAAUUAAUUAAAAAACAAUAGAUGUAAAUGAUAGUACAAGUAAAUUUUUAUCAUAUAAAAUAGUCUUAUAAUUGAUAUAGUAUUAAUAAGACAAUUAAAAUAUUGCAUUAAUUUAUUAUUCAUAAGAAUUAACAGAUAUAUUAAAUAAUGAUGAAACAAAAAUAUUUGAAAUAUUGUCUAAUAACUUUUGUGCCAUCUUUGAUAGUCUAUUAAUAUAGCAUUUAUCUAAUUAAUAAUUUUUAGAUUAUUUCUCUUAUGAAAUUUGUGAAUCAUUUGGUAAUUAAUAAUCUGGAGUUAGUGUUACUUUGGCUAAUUUUAUCAAUCAAAUGAAUUAAUUUUAUGAAACUCUAUCAAUUUUUUAAUGUAUAUAUAUAUAUAUUAAAUUAAUUAGAAUAAAAUUUAGAUCCUUAAAACUUAAAUUAGGAAGUAUUAUUAUUGUACAAUAAAGAAUUAUAAGAAAUAUUUAUAUAUUUAACAUUUGUUCUUCAAGUUAUAUCUGAUUAUGAAGAUUAUUAAUUAAAAAACAUUAUUGAUAGUCAUUUUGUAACUUAAAUAAUCAUAUUUGUGGUUGGAGCUACUUUUGUUAGUGUUUUUACUUUUAUAACAGAGAAAUGUUUCAAAAAUUUAAUUUCUAAUUAGAUUAAUUAAUCAAAAUUAUUAUUAACUUUAAUUCCAUUUGAAGUAUUAUAAACAAAUGCUUAUGUGAUGACUUAUGUAUUACAGGAAUCUAAGAAAAUAUAUUUAUGA